AUGUCGCUCUCCCCAGCAGCCCGCGACCAAUAUGUACCAAUCAUUGACUCAAUCCUGGCUAAGAGUGACCUCAAUACUAUCUCCGAGAAGCGAAUCCGUAAAGGGCUUCAGGAAGAGGUCGGCUAUGAUCUUACUUCCCAGAAGGCUGUGAUUAAGCAGCUUAUCAUGGAACGGUUCGACAUCUUUGCCGAGAAUGGUGGUAUAGAUGCUUCUCCCGAGGCGGCGGUCGCUACUGCCCCUGCGACCAAUGGCCACAGCUCUGCGACACCGGUCGAGGCUUCGUCCCCUGCGCAAUCCUCCAAGUCACAGAAACGUCAGGCGGAUAGUGUGGAACGUGAAUCAGACAAGACUCCCCCGGUGAAGAAGAAAAAACCCGAUCACGAUGUUGAUGCGGAUGCCCUUUUCGCGGCAAAGUUGCAGGCGGAGGAGAACAUGCGUGCCCGUCCCACUCGCGGUGCUAGCGCGCGUAAAGUUCAGCCAGCAAAAAAGAAGACAACCAAGGCUAAAACGUCAAAGAAGGUCAAAGCUGAGGACGACUCAGACGUCGACUCCGGUUCGGACUCCAAGAAAGUCAACCGUUCUGGUGGAUUUCAUACAGCUAAUUCCCCCCAGCUUUCGCGACCCCAGACGGUAAAGAAGGUCUGGGCGUAUAUUCGCGAGCACGAACUUCAAGAUCCCAGCGACCGACGUCAAAUCCGCUGCGAUGAACCGAUGCGCGCGGUUUUCAAGCAGGACCGCAUACAUAUGUUUACGAUGACAAAGAUCCUCAGCCAAAAUUUCCAACAUUUUCGCCCGCCGCUCAUCAAUUUGUCCCUCUCACUGCCACCAACCACACUAGGAUCAUUAUCCCCGCAGGGACAGUGUUUGUCGCGCAGUCCGACCCAAGGCUCCGGAUCGCAAGGACCAAAGCGUGGUGGUCGUCGCGGACGAGGACGGGGAGCAGGCCAACCUUCGGCAAGAAUUGAGAACUCGCAACAGUCGACUGAAGGUGCCGGCAAAGGCUCAAGAUCCAGGGGUACUGGGCCCCGCAGAGGAGGAGGAGGGGGUCGCGAUAAGCAGAACCGCAGCGCCCUUAAUAAGGAUUCUGGGCCGGAACCCACUGGACAACCGACUCAAGGACCGACUACAGGGACAGACGACAAGGGCAAGAAGGCAGCUGCGGCGCCCGCAGACGACGCCGAUGAAGGGGAGAUUUGCUUCAUUUGUGCGUCAAAUGUCGAACAUACGUCUGUUUCGCCGUGCAAUCACCGCACUUGCCAUAUCUGCGCGUUGAGACUUCGAGCAUUGUAUAAGAACAAAGCCUGUGCGCAUUGUCGGACUGAAUCGAGCUACGUGAUCUUCACGAAUGACCAUGUGAAGCCUUUCCAGGAUUUCAAGGACUCAGACUUUUCGCAGAAAGAUGACAACCUCGGGAUCAAAUAUGAAAAUAACGAGAUCUUUGAGGACACAGUCCUGUUGCUCCGAUACAAUUGCCCUGACACAGAUUGCGACGUGGCUUGCUUGGGAUGGCCGGACCUACAUCGCCACGUUAAGAGCAAGCAUGGCAAAGUAAUGUGUGAUCUUUGUACGCGAAACAAGAAAGUGUUUACCCAUGAGCAUGAGCUCUUCACUGUGGCGGAGUUGCGCAAGCACGAGAAGUACGGAGAUCAUGUUCCCGGAGCUGUUGAACAGAGUGGCUUUAAGGGUCACCCUGAAUGUGGUUUCUGCCGUCAACGGUUUUAUGGUGACGAUGAACUAUACGCUCACUGUCGUGACCGCCACGAAAGAUGUCACAUUUGUGAUAGACGGUCUGGGAGUCGUCAACAACAGUAUUAUAUUGACUACAAUGCGCUCGAGGAUCACUUCCAGAAGGAUCAUUUCCUUUGCCUGGACAAAGAGUGUCUGGAGAAAAAGUUUGUUGUUUUCGAAUCUGAAAUGGACAUGAAAGCUCACCAAUUGGAAUGUCAUCCAAAUGGUCUUUCCAAGGAUGCGAGACGCGAUGCACGAACCGUGGAUCUGUCAUCUUUCGACUACAGAACGCCGUAUCAACCUCAAAGACAACGCCGUGGCGCUGGUCGUGGACGCGAUCCAAAUGCGGAGCCUCUUCCUGUGUCCUCUGCACAACCAUUAACAAGAGCCGAAAUUGCCUACCAACGGCAGAUGGCCAUCCAAAGUGCACAGUCAGUAUCAACGCGCAGCUUUGGAGGUCAAUUGACCCGUAAUGAUACUCAAACUGUACACGCUCCCCCACGUACCCCAGCCGCCCGAACCCCCCCGGUUGCGUCCACCCCUAUCCCUGAACUGCAGGAUCUCAGUCUUGGUCAUGACUCCGGAUCUGCCACGCCUCAGGAGCAGGCCCGCCGCCUGCGUCAUGUAGCCGUGGUCGAACGCGCCUCUAAUCUCCUUGGCAAUGACCAAAAUAAACUGAAUGAAUUCCGCUCCAAAGUGUCCACCUACCGCACCUCUGCGCUAACGGCCACCGAGCUGAUCGACGCCUUUUUCUCCCUCUUCGACACAUCCACCAAUGAGCUAGGCAAACUCGUCAAAGAGCUCGCAGAGAUCUACGAAAAUGACUCCAAACGAACCGCACUACUCAAAGCCUGGAAUGACUGGCGCGCCAUCAACGAAGAUUACCCAGCCCUACCAGGUCCCGGUGGCGUCCUACCAGGCAUGUCCCCGAGCACCGUGAACGGCAGCGGUGGUGGAGGCAAACGUGUCCUCCGACUAAAAUCCUCAACCGCCCAGUCCUCCCGCUCAGCCGUCGGCAGGAGCGGUGCCCUACCCUCGGGCUCAUCCCCAAGCAACCCCUUCCCCCCGCUCUCCUCAACAGUCUCCAAAAAGUCCACCGCCGCCACCUACAACAACACCCCCUGGGCUUCGGCAUCCCCUGCCCCAUCCUAUGCCGGCCCAUCCUCCCGUCCUGCCCCUAAAUCUACAUCUAGUAACGCCCCUCGCCCUGUAAAAACCAGCAACGCCGAAGCGUUCCCGGCGCUUCCCGCCGCCCCUAAACCAAACGUCCUCAUGGCCGGUCUCACCCGCGGAACCGUCCGUGUCCGUUGGGAUGGACGAGACGCUCCGAGCUCUAAUGCUUGGGCUUCAGGUGGAUCAGGAACCAGUACCCCUGGCGAACCGGAUUCCGACUUCGGGGAGUCCUCUGCAGGUGCUGGUAAGAAGGGCAAGGGGAAGAAGGGAAAACAGACUCUUUUCCAUUUUGGUUAA